AUUGUUCCUUUCAGCAUUGUGCUGAGAGGAUCUAAGGGUUUGGGGGUGGGGGUAAGGGGAGGCAAGCAAGGCAUCUCUGUGGAUAUUGAAGAAAGGAGUUACUUUCUAGCCUUGCGGGCUUCACUUGCUUACUCUGGAAUCACAGCUUUUUUAUUAAGAAGCUGUCUGUGUGGCUUGGAAGGGGUGCUGUGCUUAAGGAAAGUAAGGAUCCCAGCCACUAUUCUGUUUAAGCCCUCCUGAACUCUUUGCACUUCUGAUCACUCCCCCAUCGCUAUUAUGGAGCCCAACAGUCCCAAAAAGAUCCAGUUUGCUGUGCCCUUAUUUCAGAGUCAGAUAGCACCUGAGGCAGCUGAGCAGAUCAGGAAAAGAAGGCCCACACCAGCUUCUCUUGUGAUUCUCAAUGAGCACAACUCACCAGAAAUAGAUGAGAAGAGGGUGACCAACUCACAAGGAGAAUCACAGAAUGCAUCUCCUAAGCAGAGGAAGCAGAGUGUUUAUACACCUCCUGCUAUGAAAGGUACUGUGCAGGGGUUAAACAUAUGAAAAACCAGAAUGACUCAGCAUUCCCAGAGGAAGAAGAAGGAGUAAAUGAAAGAGAAGAUCAAUGGGACCAUUAAUCGCAGAAAUGAGGAGAGAAAGGGUUCUUGUGAAUAACUGAACUGCUAACCUUUCUGAAUAUCCCCUGGAACUCCAUUGCUUGGCUUCAGGAAGUAUUCUCCAUCUUGGCACUCCAUAAUCAUUCAGUAGUGUAUCUUCAGGGAAGCACUCCACUGAAUUCUAGAACCAUGUACAUCUUCUUCCAUAGUACUUAUUAUCCAGGAAUAAAUAUUUAUUUUAUAGUAA